CAUUGGGCUAAGUGCGCUCAAAUGUAAACAUGCAUUAGGGACGUGUAAAUUUCACGAUUUUGGAUUAAUAUUGCCACAUCUGACUUUAAAUUAAUUGGACCAUUUAAAGUAUGUUUAACAGACUUGUCAAGACAUAAGACAGAGUGAUGGGCAUAGUGAUGUCACAGCAUGUGACCUUGACUGCUGGUAAGGAAGAGUCUUUAUUGAGGGGUUACAUACCAUGGGAUCAUCAUCUGCUGGACACCUUGGAGUCAGACAAGUGGAUUGACCAGAUCAACUUCGCAGGCAAUGGCUACUUUAACGAUGGCCUCCUUCACAUGAUACUGGACCACGGUGCCAACAAAGGCUCAUUCAAGGAACUUACCAGCAUCAACCUGCUAGGAUGCGAGCAUGUGACAGAUCACGGGAUGCGUUGCCUAGCAACAGUUCUCCAGGAAGCUGUUAAGCUGAGAGAGGUGAAUCUGGAUGGCUGCAAGAGAUUGUCAGACGACACAUUUGCCAUGCUGGAAAACGUCACCCAUAGCAACAAGAUUCUUAGUUGCUACUUGCGCGGGACUGACCUUGCCUAUCUCUGUGGGACCAAGAAUAUUAAAACUCAUGGAUGUCCCAAAAUUACUGCAGACAAAAAAUCACACGACAAUUAUGAAGGCCACGUACUCCUUGUACCAGAGCCAGGUAUGAAGAACUCUUUUGCGGAAUUCUUGUACUCUGGGACUAUGACAGAGAGGAACGCAUCAGGGACCCUUCACAGAUCAGAUCUCACAGUGAACAACACCAAACUGACGCUGACAGAGUUAUCUGCCUCCAAUGUGGUGUUUGAACAUAUGACCAGUACGCCCUUGAGUCAAGUGGUGAUACCUGUGGACGCAGCAUCGGAACCAGCCGACAUCACCCGGCAUGUGAUGGACACGAUUUCACAAGUGGUUGCCAAGGAGCCAAUAUGGGUGCCCUAUCCAGAAACAUCGAGUUCACUCGACCAGAGUUCCGAAAGGCCAUAUCUGUGCACCCAUAUCCUCACGGGAUUGAAUCUUAAACAAGCAGGCCCAGAAUUAACUCUUCAUUGCUUUAGACGCGAUUUCACGAACGUACCCAUGUGGGUAUCCAGUGAGAGACCGACCCGUUCACACCCAUCCUUCAAGCUGUGGGCGCCCAAAAUGGAGGACAAUGCCGGCGUGUUGGUUGGCUGCUUGUACGAUCUUCUGUAUUGUGACAAAAUUCCGAAACCUUCCGAUUCGGAUUGUUUUGGAUAUUUAGCUGGCAUAGAAAUGACGGAAGAUAUGACAAUAGAGUUUGGCGUGGAGGGGGAUUGGAUUUCAGAAUACGUUCCAUUCAGUGAUGCAGAAUUUUACUACGUGAAAAAUGGAGUAAAGACUGACGGAAAAUUGGCUGAAGGUAUGAACUCACGCAAACCUUGUGGGUCGAUGUACCCUCUAGUGUCAGUUGUAUGCGAGACAGAAAACAUGGUCGUUAUGCCACCACUUAUACAGCCUCCCAAGGAAUUGAGUGAACAAUGGAACAAGGAAGAUCGCUGGAUUGCAAAAUCAUACACGGAAAAUUGUCUGAUAGACAGAAAUGGGAUCCUAACGUACGCCCCUGCUUACAAGUCAUCUGCUGAUAAUUCGGGCCUAUUCAGAGGCAGAGGUCUGGCUUUUGAAGAACACACAGAGUUCCGGGUUGAGAUCCUAAGUUUACCAACAGACGAUUCACCAGUCGAACUGGCCAUUGGAUUAACUGCUGAGAUGGAUGACAAUCGGCAUUACAUUGUUCGUAUAUCAGCAACGUUGGAUCCUGUCUCAAAAUACGUGUCUGUGAGUUUUAAGUGCAUGAUAUCUCACAACCAAUCCACAGAUUAUAUGGCCUGCAUUAUAUAUCAUGACCAAUCCUCAGAUUAUGUGGCCUGCAGUAUAUCUCAUGACCAAUCCUCAGGUUAUGUGGCCUGCAGGAAAUCACAUGACCAAUCCUCAGGUUAUGUGGCCUGCAGUAUAUUUCAUGACCAAUCCUCAGGUUAUGUGGCCUGCAGUUAUGUGGCCUGCAGUAUAUCUCAUGACCAAUCCUCAGGUUAUGUGACCUGCUGUAUAUCUCAUGACCAAUCCUCAGGUUAUGUGGCCUGCAGGAUAUCACAUGACCAAUCCUCAGGUUAUGUGGCCUGCAGUAUAUCUCAUGACCAAUCCUCAGGUUAUGUGGCCUGCAGUAUAUCUCAUCACCAAUCCUCAGGUUAUGUGACCUGCUGUAUAUCUCAUGACAAAUCCUCAGGUUAUGUGGCCUGCAGGAUAUCUUAUGACCAAUCCUCAGGUUAUGUGACCUGCUGUAUAUCACAUGACCAAUACUCAGGUUAUGUGGCCUGCUAUACAUCUCAUGACCAAUCCUCAUGUUAUGUGGCUUGCAGUAUAUCACAUGACCAAUCCUCAGGUUAUGUGGCCUGCAGUAUAUCACAUGACCAAUCCUCAGGGUAUGUGGCCUGCUGUAUAUCUCACGACCAAUUCUCAGGUUAUGUGGCCUGCAGUAUAUAUCAUGACCAAUCCUCAGGCUAUGUGGCCUGCAGUAUAUCUCAUGACCAAUCCUCAGGUUAUGUGGCCUGCAGUAUAUCUCAUGACCAAUACUCAGGUUAUGUGGCCUGCUAUAUAUCUCAUGACCAAUCCUCAGGUUAUGUGACCUGCUUUAUAUCACAUGACCAAUCCUCAGGUUAUGUGGCCUGCAGUAUAUCUCAUGACCAAUACUCAGGUUAUGUGGCCUGCUGUAUAUCGCAUCACCAAUCCUCAGGUUAUGUGACCUGCUUUAUAUCACAUGACCAAUCCUCAGGUUAUGUGGCCUGCAGUAUAUCUCAUGACCAAUCCUCAGGUUAUGUGGCCUGCAGUAUAUCUCAUGACCAAUCCUCAGGUUAUGUGGCCUGCAUGAUAUCACAUGACCAAUCCUCAGGCUAUGUGGCCUGCAGUAUAUCUCAUGACCAAUCCUCAGGUUAUGUGGCCUGCAGUAUAUCACAUGACCAAUCCUCAGGUUAUGUGGCCUGCAGUAUAUCUCAUGACCAAUCCUCAGGUUAUGUGACCUGCUGUAUAGCUCAUGACCAAUCAUCAGGUUAUGUGGCAUGCAGUAUAUCACAUGACCAAUCCUCAGAUUAUGUGGCCUGCAGUAUAUCUCAUGACCAAUCCUCAGGUUAUGUGGCCUGCAGUAUAUCUCAUGACCAAUCCUCAGGUUAUGUGGCCUGCAGUAUAUCUCAUUACCAAUACCCAGGAGGUGCGCUGGUAACUGUGGAUGCAGAAUUUCCCAAAGUCCAGAACGUUAUGCCAUUGGUUUCAUUCAAAUGUAAACAGUACACACCUGUGGUGAAGCUACUGAACUACAAGCCAAAAUAUCGUGCUCCGAAGCUAAGUGAAAAUGGCUUUGCAACCAUCACAAAAUAA